CUGAAAGUUAAUAACUCUUGUAUGAAUCGUCCAAAUGUUUUGAAAGAAGUUCAGUUGAUGAACUCCCUGAAUCACCCCAAUGUUAUUAAGUUAAUGGGUGUCUGUGUACACAAUGGUCAGAUGCAUGCAUUGACUGAAUUUGCAAAUGGUGGUUGCCUUGAACAACUGAUCAACAACCACAGUGUUGAGUUUCAGUGGAUUGAUAGAAUCAACAUUGCAUCAGACAUAGCAAGGGGUCUUAACUAUCUACACAGUAAAUUUAUCAUACAUCGCGAUCUCACCUCGAAAAACAUUCUCCUGAAAAUUGACCCAUCUCAAACGAUAACUGCUAUUGUUGGGGACUUGGGUCUAGCAACAAAGGUUAAAGAUUUGGAGAAAGAAAGCAGUCUAUCAGUAGUUGGCUCUCCGUACUGGAUGGCUCCCGAGUGCAUCAAUGGUCUGCCAUACAAUGCCAAGGCAGAUGUUUUUUCAUAUGGCAUUGUCCUCUGUGAGAUGAUUGCUCGAGUUGAGGCAGAUCCAGAUUACUUACCCAGAACUGAAAAUUUUGGAGUUGAUUAUGUUGCAUUUGGCAAAUUAGCAAAAGAUUGCCCCAUUAAUUUUCUUCAAUUUACAUUCAACUGCUGCCAAGUUGAUCCAGUCAAGCGACCUACAUUCAAUGACCUACUUUCUAGUAUUGAUGUCAUA